AUGCCUCUUCCUCCAACAACCGAUGUUCUGAUCGUUGGUGGCGGUCCCGUGGGCCUCCUCACUGGAGUCGGCUUGACGCAACAAGAUGUCGAUUGCCUGGUGAUUGAGAAACGAGAACGUGACGCCCAAGCCUCAUUUGGCCGCGCCACGACGCUGUACCCUAGGUCUUUGGAGCUGCUGGAGCAGUUAGAUCUCACCAGUGCCGUACUCCAAGAAGGCUUCGUCGCUCGCGCUAGCACCAAUUAUAAGGACGGUGUGAGAGCCAACGAGAGGGGGUGGAAUGGGAUGUUCAAUCAUUGCAAGGCGAGCUUUCAUGAUUACGCAUUGAAUAUCCGACAGCGAUACUCCGAGGACGUGUUCCGGAGCCGCUACGAAAGCUACGGCAAGGCUGUCUGGUUCGGAUGGAAGCUUCUUCGCUACGAAGUGGACCAGACGUCUGGAGACGAUUAUAAUAUAACUGCUGUUCUGGGUCAUGAGGGCCAAGGCGAGAGCCGGGUUCGCUGUAAAUACCUCUUGGGAGCUGACGGGGGUGCUUCAUCGGUUCGCCAGCUUUCCAACAUUUCACUCGACGUGGACCCGACCACAUACGAAUGGAUUCGCAUCGAUGGCAAGAUCAACACCGAUAUGCCUGACGCUGACAUUGGGUUUGCUUCUAUCGAGACCCCUCACCACGGGAACAUUUUAUGGGUCAAACUCGACCACGAUGCUCACCGCAUCGGCUAUGCGCUGACACCGUCCAUCUUGGCCAAGUAUCCAAACGGGAUCACUCAGGCUGAAGCGGUACAAGAAGCCGUGGAGGGGAUGAAGCCAUUCCAGUUUCAUAUUGAGAGGCUUGACUGGUGGACCCAUUAUAAGAUCCGGCAAAGCGUUGCCAAGACCCUCCAAAAAGACGACUUCGUUCUACUUGGUGGCGAUGCCGCCCACACGCACUCCUCUGGCUUCGCUCAAGGCAUGAACACCGGCGUGCACGACGCCACCAACCUGGUUUGGAAGCUUGCUGGAACCAUCAAGGGCUGGUAUAAGCCCGAGGUUUUGUCUACAUACGCCUCCGAGAGACGUGCUGCGGCGCAGAAGCUCAUCCAGAUCGACAGGGAAGCCGCUGCUACGAUCUCUGGUGACAUACCGGCACGAUAUGAGGGCCUAGGGGCUUCCGCGGAUGAAGUGCUGAUGAAGGUCUGGACUGACAACAUUGCCUUCAAUCUUGGGCUUGGCGUGAGUUAUGGACCCUCCAUCAUUAACCAUCCCCCGACGAAGACCACUCUCCAGUGCGGAGUUCGCAGUCCUGACGCGCUCAUUCGCGCCCCGGGACCCAACGUUCCAAUUCGCCUCCACGAUGUUCUCUUCCGAAACGGGCCUCGGGGCUGUUGGAGUGUGGUCGUAUAUGCCGGCAACCCGAAUCAGACGAGGACGAUAUUCCCCACACUACGACAAAAGCUCUCAAAGCUGGAGGCGCGUCAUCGUGGGCUACUUCAGCUCGUGACUCUGCUCGCCCGUACUGCUGGAAGUGGUUGGAUGGCUACCGGCGGACCGCCACUGGGUAAAUUUUACUUUGACAGUAACGGUAUGGCACAUUCUGAGUUCGGGGUGGAUGAAGCCUCGGGCGCCCUAGUGGUUAUCCGACCCGACGGUAUCUUGGGCUUUGCGACCGGACUGGACAACCCACAGGGCGUUGACGAUUUCUUCGGCCAGUUUAUCAACUAG